AUGGCGGCUCCUGGCACCCUCCUUGUGCCUGUCCUCCUCUUCCUCUGUGGACCAGGUCCCUACCCUGCUGCUGCCCAUAGCCAUCCAGGGGUGGAGUGUGUCCUCUUCAACGAGGAGUACAUGACCUGCAUGUGGGGGAGCAGAGAGAUGCCCACAGUCAACUACUCCCUCUUCUACUGGUACAAGAAUGCAUCUGACAAGGAGGUGGAGUGCAAGCGCUACCUGCAGGACCAGGGUGUCAGGGUCGGCUGCUACUUCGAGCAGAACGAGCUCAUCCAGUUCCAGCCUUUCCAUGUUCUCGUCAAUGCCAGCGUUGGUGGCAAGACCCUGGAGAUCCCCAGCAAGCGCAUGGAGCUGCAGGACCUGGUGAAACCAGAGGCACCUGUCAACCUGACCAUCCGCAACAUGAGCAACAAUCAGUUGCAGCUGACCUGGGUUUCCCCAUACCCCAAAGAAAAGUGCCUGGAGCACGCUGUCAAGUAUAAGAGCAACAAGGACACCAGCUGGACGGAGCUCUCAGUGAAUGGAGAUGUCUUCUCCUUGCCCAGUGUGGACUAUGAGAAGUCCUACACCUUCUACGUGCGCAGCAAGAUCGACAAAUACUGUGGCAGAACCCAGUUCUGGAGCGAGUGGAGUGUUCCUGUCAUCUGGGGCAGCAACUCCACCAGCAAGGGGGCCACCUGCAGGCCCACCCCACUGCCAUGGUGGUGUGCUGUCUGGGGAUCAGUGUCACCCCUGCUCUUUCCAGGCACGAUGGAGGAACAGCUGUACUGGUUUGGGAUCCGCACGGUCUUGGUCCCCAUUGCCUCCUGCCUGCUCCUGCUGGUCCUUGUCAUCCUGCUGGUGCGCAUGGAAAGGGUAUGGGUCAUCCUGAUGCCCCGAAUUCCCAACCCCAGCAAGAAUUUUGAUGAGCUGUUCAUCACUCACAACGGCAAUUUCCAGGAAUGGGCUGGAGUCCCCAAAGACGUCGUGGAGAGCUUCAAGCCCAACUACAGCGAGAACAUCUGCUAUGUGACUGAGCUUCCACCCAAGGACAGCCACGAGCCCCUCUGGGACAGCAGCAACCAUGCACCACCUCCAAUGCCUGGGCCCCCAGCCGCCCCCAGCGAGCACAGCCCCUAUCAGAACAGCUAUGGAAGAGUGUGACAUGCUCCUGCAUUCCUCAUUCUCCACAGUUUUGCUGCCCAGACCUUACUGCUCCUCAGGCCCUGCUUCCCUGCUCCUGCCAUGCCUCUGCCAAAUGUCCUGGAUCUUGGUUUUGCUUCCUGCCAAGUCCCCCUCGCUGCUCCAAGGUGCCCACAAGCACAUCCAGGGAUGUGUCCUGAUGAGUGGGCAGCUGCAGCUGAGUAGGCAGGGGCCACUGGACAACUGAUGGGGACACACAGAAUGAGGAGUCCCAGGGGGGCCAAGUGUGGAAAAAUAAGGAAAGGUAGGCAAGAAAGAUUGUAAACAUGCUCAAGUGCCUUACAGCUGAUGUAGAAAAACACAUAAACCAUAGUCAUCGUUGUUUAGCUUUGUGUGUUCAGUAAGUAGAAUUCUGUGUUUAGAUAAAACAGGCCUGUGAUAGACUUAGUAGCACCUUAUUUAACAUACUUUAGAUUCCUGGCCUGCAGUGGGAAAGAUCAAAUCACAGUGGUAAACCACAACUGCAGAAAUCCUUGAUACACAGGCCAAAACAGCAGCUUCAGUGAUUCUCUAGGGUGGACCAAGAUCCACAGUGCCUGCAUCACUGCUUUUUGUGCCUCUG